AUGCUUGCCCAAACCGCUCUUCUCGCCGCUGCCGCGCUCCUCCCUCUCUCAUUCGCCCAAAUCUCUGAAGAUUUCGAAAACGGAUGGGAUCAAAGCAAAUGGUCAAUCUAUGCACCUGAUUGUAACCAGGGAGGUAGUGUCAGCCUCGAUAGCUCUACUGCCCACAGCGGUAGCAAUUCGAUCAAGGUUUCCGGAGCUGGCGGCUACUGCGGACAUAUCUUUGUCGGCACAAAGCAAGUCCCUGCUGGUGAUGUUUACGUCAGGGCCUGGAUUAAGGCUUCCAAAGCUCUCACUAGCAGCCAUGUUACCUUCAUCACUAUGCCCGAUUCUUCUCUAGGCACCAACAAGCACCUUCGUAUUGGUGGUCAGAACUCAAUUUUGAUGUAUAAUCGUGAGACCGAUGACGCCACCCUUCCGGAUCUCUCUCCUCAAGGUGUCGCUGCUUCCACCGCCCUCCCAACCGGCAGCUUUCAGUGUUUCGAAUACCACAUCGGAUCUGAUGGCACCAUCGAGACGUGGCUGAAUGGCAAUGCCAUUUCCGCUCUGACCGUCGGACCUGGAAUUACCAACCCCAACGGCCAGCAAUGGGUGAGGUCUAGCUACAGCCCCAAGCUGACCGGUAUUUACUUCGGUUGGGAAUCUUACGGUGGAGAUACCAACACCUUCUGGUAUGACGAUAUCGUCAUUGGCUCCAGCAGGGUUGGAUGCAGCGGGAGCCAGCCAACUACUACUGCCAGAACUACCACAACCACCACCGCCAGAACAACCACUCCUGUUACAACCACUAGGACUACCACACCAGUGACUACCACAAGGACGACUACUCCAGUUACCACUAUAAGAACAACUACUCCGGUCACCACUCCAUCCACCACAACUACUGCCAGCUCACCCGCUCAAUCACAAUGGGGACAGUGCGGCGGUGUCGGCUGGACAGGCCCAACCACUUGUGUCAGCGGAACCACAUGCCAGGCCUUAAACCCUUACUAUUCUCAGUGCUUGUAA